AUGUCUACUGGAAAAGUUAUUGAGGUCACAAUUUGUGGUGGUGGCAAUGGAACACAUGCUUCUGCUGCUGUUAUUAGCAGAACCAAGGAAUUUAAGGUUAAUGUUUUCACUCGUCGUCCUAAGGAAUGGAGCAAAAAUUUAGUAGGUAUAACUAAGGGAUCAAGCUGGGAGUCAAGAGGUAACUAUGUAGCCAAUUUGAAUAAUAUCACAAAUAACCCAUCAGAAAUCUCUACUACUGAUGUCUGGAUUAUUAGUGGACCUGCUCACAUUCAUUAUGGUCUUUUAAAAAGCAUUGCUCCUUACGUUAAGCCUGGUGCCUUCGUAGGAACACUCUUCGCCUAAGGUGGUUUUGAGUGGAUGUGCAGAGAAGUUUUUGGAUAACGCUUAUCUUAGUUAACUAUGUUUGGUCUUUUCAACAUCCCUUUCAUCUGCAAGUCAGACGAAUAUGGCAAAAGUGUUCGUAUCAUAGGCCCUAAGGAUUAGCUCUUAGUCGCUAUCGAACCUGCUACUAGAAUGACUGAAACUGUCAAGCUCAUUGAAAAGAUGUGGACUAUUCCUACUGUAACACUUCCUAAUUUCUUAACUUUAACUCUUACUCCUUCAAAUCAAAUUAUUCAUCCUGCUCGUAUUUAUGGUGUCUUCUAAAACUGGGAUGGUAAGACUCCUUACGACCCCAAGUCUAUUCCCCUUUUCUAUGAAGAUAUGGAUGAAUACUCUGCUCAUCAACUCGAGUUAUUAGAUAGCGAAAUAUAAUUGAUUAAAGAAGGAAUUAUGGGCAAAUACCCUUAAUACGAUCUUACUUAUGUCCUUCCCUUAAGAUAACGUAUUAUCAAGCAAUAUGGCAAGUAGGUUUCAGAUCCUACAAAUAUGUACACUACUUUCCGUACCAACUAAGGAUAUAAGACUGUUAGAAUCCCUGUCAAAGAAGUCUAAGGAGGUGUCAUUCCUAACAUUGAUGGACGUAUCUUUUGGGAAGAUGUCCCAUAUGGCCUCAUGAUUCUCCGCCAAAUCGCUGACUUUGUUGGAGUCCACACUCCCAACAUCAACAGAAUGAUUAGAUGGCACUAGUAAUUUAUGAAUAAAUAAUACAUUCUCCCUAACGAUGAACUUAAUCAAUCUCUUCUUGCAGAAACUGGUGUACCCUCAAGAUAUGGCAUUACUAAUCUUGAUUAACUUAUUGGUAGACAUAGUACCUCUCACCCCACUUAGUCAAGACUUUGA